CUUUAUUAAGAAAAUGGGGUAGUCAUGAUUUGACUUGAUAUAAAUUAUGAGAAGUACUCCUAUAUACGAAUGUUUUUCAUUCUUGAAGAUACAAAAGAAUUCUCCUUUGAAUCUCUGAGAAAAGAGAAUCAAAGAAAUGGCAAUUGGGUCUUUGACAACAGCCGCUGUGACCAAAGAAAGGGCAGAGCAGUAUAAAGGGAGAGUCACUCCUUAUGUUAUCAUUGCUUGCAUUGUUGCUGCUACAGGAGGGUCACUUUUUGGCUAUGAUAUUGGAAUUUCAGGUGGUGUUACUUCCAUGGACGACUUCCUUAAAGAAUUCUUCCCCACAGUAUACAGGCAAAAAAUGCAUGCACAUGAAAACAACUACUGCAAGUAUGACAAUCAGGGCCUUGCAGCAUUUACCUCGUCUCUUUACAUUGCCGGUUUAGUUGCAUCCUUGGUUGCAUCUCCCAUUACACAGAAGUAUGGACGUCGAGCGAGUAUCAUAGGCGGUGGUAUCAGCUUUCUGAUUGGAUCAGCUCUAAAUGCUUCAGCUGUUAACCUGGUAAUGCUGAUAAUUGGCCGUGUUAUGCUCGGCGUUGGCAUCGGAUUCGGAAAUCAGGCAAUUCCGCUUUAUUUGUCAGAGAUGGCACCAACCCACCUGCGAGGAGGCUUAAACAUGAUGUUUCAAGUUGCAACAACUUUUGGGAUUUUCACAGCCAAUAUGGUGAACUUUGGAACACAGAAUAUUAAACCUUGGGGAUGGAGACUGUCCUUAGGCUUGGCUGCAGUGCCAGCUCUUCUAAUGACGAUCGGAGGAAUAUUUCUUCCCGAGACUCCAAAUAGCUUAAUCGAACGAGGAUCGAAAGAAAGAGGAAGGAAGCUCCUAGAAAAGAUAAGAGGAACUAGUGAGGUUGAUGCAGAGUUUCAAGAUAUGGUUGAUGCAAGCGAGUUGGCUAAUUCGAUAAAGCAUCCGUUUAGUAACAUCCUUGAAAGAAGGUAUAGGCCAGAGUUGGUUAUGGCAAUUGUCAUGCCUACUUCUCAGAUUUUGACUGGUAUAAAUUCAAUUCUGUUCUAUGCUCCAGUGCUGUUUCAAAGCAUGGGAUUUGGAGGAGAUGCAUCACUCUACUCCUCAGCUUUGACUGGAGGUGUUCUUGCUUUCUCAACAUUCAUUUCCAUUGCAACAGUUGAUAAAUUGGGAAGGAGAGUUCUUCUUAUUAGUGGUGGAAUACAAAUGAUCAUUUGUCAGAUUAUAGUUGCCAUAAUUCUUGGAAUCAAGUUUGGAGAUAACCAGGAACUGUCGAAAAGCUAUUCAAUAUUGGUUGUAGUUGUGGUUUGCCUAUUUGUUGUAGAAUUUGGAUGGUCAUGGGGCCCACUUGGGUGGACAGUACCAAGUGAGAUAUUUCCAUUAGAAAUUCGAUCAGCAGGGCAGAGUAUCACAGUUGCAGCAAACCUUCUAUUCACUUUCAUAAUCGCGCAGGCAUUCCUUGCUCUUCUCUGCUCAUUCAAGUUUGGAAUCUUUCUUUUUUUUGCUGCGUGGAUUACCCUCAUGACCAUAUUUGUUUUUCUGUUCUUGCCUGAAACCAAAGGUAUUCCCAUUGAAGAGAUGACAUUUAUGUGGAAGAAGCAUUGGUUCUGGAAAUUGAUACUAUCUGACAAUACAUUGUAGUAAUGCAGUUCCUACAAUCACAGAACUGCAUUACAGUAAUAAAUUAGAUAAAUAAAAAAUGUUAUCAACUUGCUUAAGGAGCAUUUAGGCAUUGAAAUUAUGCAUUCAUGAUCGCCAAUGCCUGCAAUCUUAGGAGUUAAAUCGGCAACUUGCACAAUUAUUUGUAAAAGGGCGUUGAAGACAUGUAAAAAAUGUAGUAUGUAUAUGUUUUAAAAUGAGAACAAUGAAUGAGAUAAAUAGUAAUUGUACCAUCUAAGAA